AAAUUAAUGAAAGGAUAGGAGUAAAUAUGAAGAAUUCAUUUAUAACUACUAAUGAACUAAGUAAUCUUGAACUUCAAAUAACUAAGGAAGUUGAUGAAUUUUUAGAACAAAAUAUGACCGAUAUGCUACCUACUGAUCAAGAAAUCAUAGAUUUAGCAAGCGAAGAAGUUAUAAACCAGGAACCUGUGGAUUCUAAUAAUGAAAAGCAUGAGGUUACAAAAAAAGAAGCAUUGGAUGCACUUGAUAUGCUUUCUUUAUAUCUCUUGCAGCAAAAAAAUGACACAAGAGAAUAUAUUAAUUUGAUUGCAAAAUUUUGCGAA